AUGGCCGUCGCCCUGCUGGUCGCCGUGCCCCUGCUGCUGCUGCAGGCGCCCGCCGAGAGCGGCGCCCACUACGAGAUGAUGGGCACCUGCCGCAUGAUCUGCGACCCGUACAGCGGCGGCCGCCCGCCCGGCCCCGGCAGCACGGCCGCCGUGGAGGCCCUGCAGGACCUAGGCGCCAACGCCCCGCCGCCCUUCGUCCAGGGACCCAAGGGGGAGCCGGGCCGGCCGGGCAAGCCGGGCCCGCGCGGACCCCCCGGGGAGCCGGGUCCGCCGGGUCCGCGGGGCCCGCCGGGGGAGCGGGGCGACGCGGGGAAGCCGGGGCUGCCCGGGCUGGCGCUGGCGGGCGCGGGCGGCGGCGGGAGCGGCGGCGGGGCGGCGGCGGGCGGCGAGACGGCGGGCGGGCUGAGCGCCGCCUUCAGCGGGCCGCGCAUCGCCUUCUACGUGGGGCUGAAGAGCCCCCACGAGGGCUACGAGGUCCUGAAGUUCGACGACGUGGUGACCAACCUGGGCAACCACUACGACCCGGCCAGCGGCAAGUUCACCUGCCAGGUGCGCGGCAUCUACUUCUUCACCUACCACAUCCUCAUGCGCGGCGGCGACGGCACCAGCAUGUGGGCCGACCUCUGCAAGAACGGGCAGGUGCGGGCCAGUGCCAUCGCCCAGGACGCGGACCAGAACUACGACUAUGCCAGCAACAGCGUGGUGCUGCACCUGGACUCCGGUGACGAGGUGUACGUCAAGCUGGACGGAGGCAAAGCGCACGGAGGCAACAACAAUAAGUACAGCACUUUCUCUGGCUUUCUUUUAUACCCCGAUUAA